AUGGACUUGAUCGUUGAUACAGCUUCAACCCCCAGCAAGCUGACCACGCCCGCCUUGCUAGGCUUGAGGAAGCGGGUAGUUCCCGUAGAACCGCAUUCCGAAACGAGCAUCUUUGCUCCCCCUGCUUCUGUAUCUUCGUCCACUGCAUCCACCUGGGACCGAUCUCUGCGCGAGGUCUAUUCCAUUUCCGCCACCGCAGAAGUACAGGACAAGUUCGCAUGCGCCAACGCUCCGCCUCAUGCACUGCAGUUCCGGCAAUGGUUUGAAUCCGCAGCCUACCAGAGCUACUUGACCGGCUCUCCACAGAGAGACCACUUGAUCAGCCUCUGCCGCCUGAACGUCCAUCGAGCAAUCAACGAGAAUAUUACCAUGAUCGGGAUGACUCCCGAAUGGAUGAGAAGCGACGAUGCCGUCUCCAUCUUCAAUCUCCAGCAGCCCAGUUUUGCCUUAGAACGAAUUCCACCGAGCUUACGCCCGACCCCCAUCCAGCUGCAGGUCCCGCAUCACCCAUGGCUGGACUUCUUCCCGUUUCCCCGCAUGCGCGACCUUCUGAUUCUCGCAGGCGAUGCGUUCGAUGAUGAUGAGCUGUGCCAUGACCUGAUGGCAUUCUGGGAUACGAGGAACUCGGCCGCGACGCUGCUUGUGUGGGGCGACUCGUGGGAUCCAAAGAACUGGGAGGUCACUGAGAAAUUCGCGCACAAAUGGACGUGGAUGAUAAGAGACUCGCCUGAGCUGCUGGCCUCGACCAACUUCUGGAGGCGAUCCCGGGGAGAAAAGCCUUUAGAUUGGAAGCCACCACCUGUGAGUAAGCGGCCAUGCCGCAGGGAGCCCAAUGGCUCAAAUUUAAGAUUGACCAACGCCAAACUCCAGUUUUCCAAACCCACAUAUACAUGCCAUAUCGUACACUUCAUCCAUGAAACCACCACCACCACUGCAUAA